CGUAAUAUUUAAGUACGGAUCACAUCAACCAAAAUGGAUUAUCAGCUAGAUAGAAUCAAGUUUGGCCUAGUUUAUUAAUGUUAUUGAUUUCAUGAGAUGAUGUCAUAUUUUAGACAAUCAGAAAGCAAACUCGAUAUGGAUCGAGCAUGAUUAGCAUUUUAUAGUUUGUUAUCAUGUUAAUUCCAGAAUUUCCCCAUAGUUUUAAUGAUACAAUUUGCUUAAGUAACCUAUUAGUGAGUGACUGGUUGUGGAAUUGUCCCUGGUUAGCUGCUGUUUUUGUGUUCUUGGAAUUCCUUCUGUUGCCUGAGUUUUGUUAAGCUGGUUUGGGAGACCUGUGAGAAGCUUUUUCAGCUGCAAGCAAUGCGCCCUCCCUGCUUCUUGGACUCAGCCCUGCUAUUUACUCUUGUAACCUCUUGGCUGUUUGUUAGUCUCCAUUUAAUAAAAAAAAAUCUAUUAGUGAGUGACUUCAAACUCCAGUGACCAUUUGUUAAAUUAACCAUAAACUUCCUGGCUAGUUGCAGUUAGGGCUGUCCAUUUGGUUUUGGUUUUUGGGUUUUAACCGAAACCAAACCAAUUGGAAAGCUAAUGGUUUCAGUUUUUUUGUGUAAACUAAUAAGCAACUUAAUGGUUUUGGUUUGGUUAAAACCGAAAAACCAAUAGAAACCAUUAAGAAACCAAUAAGAAUAAAAUUAUUUAUCAACAAAUAUUUUUUUUUUGUUUCUUUUGACACGCAUGUCAACCAAUAAUUUGUUAUGGCUAUUUACCAUUAUUAUGACGUUUAUUCAAUAAAAAGGAGGAAAAUAGGAAUAAAUAUGAGUGUAUGGGUACAUGUUGGUUUUUUGGUUAUCCAAACCAAAACCAUUAAGGCCCUUAUUGGUUUUUAGUUGCCAAAAACCAACAAGAGCCUUAAUGGUUUUGGUUUUUGAGAUUUGGUUUUUGGUUUUUCAUACUUAAUGGUUUGGUUAACCAAACCAAACCAAAUUGAUAGUUGCAGUAUUCCCGUGUAGCGAGCAAGCAAAGCUCACCACUGCACUUCACUCUGCCCGUCAAAAGUCCAAAGUCGGAAGAAAAAGGAAAGGAAGUUAAAUUUACAACAGCAAAACCGCAGCCGACAAACACUUCUUCACCCCGCUGUUCUAAAUCCAAAAUCUCACCCACUAAUCAAAACACUAAUCACAUCUCCUUUUCCCUCCUUAGUUAAACAAAUCCCACUUGCUCCACCCCAAAUCUGAGUUCUUUCCACUCACUCACUGCCAAAGCUCCAAUCUUUGCACAGCAGCAGCAAAAAAGCAAAGAUACCCAACAACAAAAAAGAUGGGAUCAGUGUCGCUGAAAGUCGGCGACGGCACCGCCAGAUUCAAGCGAGCAACACUCUGCUCAUCAGCGGUAAACCUUCUCAUGAUCCUUUCAGUCCUCACUACAAAUCUCUUCGCUCUCUACGCCUUCAAUUACUCCCCCACUCACCACCAUCACAAUCUCAAUUCCCAUAAGAACAUCUCCUUGAUCUCCGAGCAUGUCUCCAAAAUCCUGCGGGAGAUCGAUUCAUCCCAGAGAAAGCUCGCCAAGAUGGAGAAGGAGCUUCUAGGUUACGACAGCAUCGACGUCUCAAGACCCAACAUUGCUAGUGAGCUCAAACUGUAUCUCCAGCAUCACCAACUGCCACUAGGGAAAGAUUCGAGAACUGGGAUCACUGAAAUGGUGGCUUCUGUUGGCCAUUCCUGUGAGAAGUCGACGGAUUUGCUGUCUCAGUAUAUGAACUACAAGGUUUCUGGUUCUUGUCCUGAUGAUUGGAGCCUUGCUCAGAAGCUGAUACUUCGUGGGUGCGAGCCUUUGCCGAGGAGGAGGUGUUUUGCUAAAGGUGGGAGUAAGUUGGGGCUUCUGAAACCUUUUCCUUUGUCUCUUUGGAGCUCUGUCGUUGACAAUAAGGUGGUUGGUAGUUGGAGUGGUUAUGGUUGCAAAGGGUUUGAUUGUUUGAGUAAGAAGAAGUUGAGUAGGGAAUGUGUGAAUUGCUUUGAUUUGGCUGGGGUUGAGAAUCAGAGGUAUGUGAAGUCCAAAGGGAAGAAUGAUUUCUUUUUGGAUGACGUUUUAGGGUUGGGGAGCGGUGGGAUUAGAAUAGGGUUCGACAUCGGUGGUGGAUCGGGGACUUUUGCUGCUAGAAUGGCUGAGAGGAAUGUCACUGUGAUUACAAACACAUUGAAUGUCGAUGCUCCAUUUAGUGAGUUUGUGGCUUCAAGAGGGCUGUUCCCUCUGUACUUGAGUUUGGACCAUAGGUUUCCAUUUUAUGACAAUGUGUUUGAUCUGGUUCAUGCGUCCAGCGGAUUGGAUGUUGGUAGCAAGGUGGAAAAGCUCGAGUUCUUGAUGUUUGACAUCGAUCGUGUGCUUAGGCCAGGUGGUUUGUUUUGGUUGGAUAACUUCUAUUGUGCUAAUGAUGAGAAGAAAGGAGUGUUGACGAGAUUGAUCGAGAGAUUCGGGUAUAAGAAGUUGAAAUGGGUUGUGGGAGAGAAGGUCGAUGCAGCAACUGGCAAGUCUGAAGUUUAUCUAUCUGCAGUGCUUCAAAAGCCGGCAAGAGGCUGAAACUGGAAAAGAGGUAAGCAUACUUGGUUUUUGUUCAAACGGGAGAAGCUAAGCUUGCAUUGUCAAAAUGCCCGCAUUGAGAAUUUUCCCCCCUUACCAAGCAAUAAACACAUUUAGAGGUCUCCGACUUUCAAGCCGGAAUGAAGAGCAGAAGAAAGCCAUAUAUUUAAGUUCUGUUGUAAAAUUUGUCUGUCUUUUCCUUGUGUAACAUUUCUUUUAGGGGGAACUUUUAGGUGUGGAGCUUAGUAUGAACUCUUAGGAGUAUGGGGAAAUUUAUAGUGUAUUCAUGAAUUUUUGCCCAACUGUGAUUACAUUAUGCUUGUUAACAAUAGAAUCUGCAUUUACCU